AUGCUGCGACAGCUCGCGUGGCGCGGCGCGGCGCGGUUGCGCGCUCCGUUUCCCCGCCAACCGCUGCCGGCGGCCGCGCUCUACUCGCUCGAGCGGCUCGGCUAUGCGGUGGUCCCCGGUUGGCUGCGCGCUGCGGACACCGCUGCUCUGCUCGCGGACGCCCUCGCGUUGGAGGCGGCCGGAGUGCCGCGCGCCGCCGGGGUGGGCGGCGUCGCAGAGAGCGAGAGCUCUGAUUGGGCGGUCGAGCUCAAGACCGAGCUGAGGAGGGCAGCUUCGGUGUGGAUCCACGAGCCGCCACUCUCGCUGCACGGCGCGCCGGCCGCUCGGCUGGCCCUGCUCAGCACGGCCGAGGCGCUUAGGGCCGAGCUGCUCGACGCGGGCUGCACAGCGCGGCCCCUCGACACCGAGGCGACGAGCCUCGCCUACCUCUACUACCCCGCGGGUGGCUUCUACCGGCGCCACCGCGACACGCCGCCGGCGCCGUCGCCGACGGGCGAGCACCGCGAGGUCAGCUUGCUGCUCUACCUCGACCCUGUGUGGCGGCCGGACUGGGGCGGCGCGCUGCGUAUCUUUGCUAAGCCCGCGCCGGUGGACGUGCAGCCCGAGGCGGGCACACUCGUGCUGAUGCACUCCCCGCUGCUGGAGCACGAGGUGCUCGAGACUUCGAGGGCUCGCCACUGUGUCGUGGGCUGGCUGUGCUCCGUCACCUGA